AUGAACAAGAUAAUCGUAGUGUACUGGUAAGAUUACUAACAAGCUUAAUUAUUGUGUUUCACAAAAAUUACAAUCCCCUUGCCAUGGGUGAUGCUAGUAUUACUAUCACGUGUUUUGUUUCUUUAGUGACCCAGAUACCCAGCUAAGUAGACUGAUGCGAAGAAAUGAUUACACAAAAGAAGAAGCCCUACAAAGAAUCACCGCACAAUUGGCGUUAAACGAGAAGUGUCAGUGGGCAACUCAUGUCGUAGAUAAUUCCCGUAGUUCAGCUGAAACAAUGCAACAGGUGGAAAAAAUUCACAAGGAAUUAACGAGUUCUUGGGCUUUUUUGCGCGUCAGGAUUGCAUUCGUAACAAUUUUAGCUGGUAUUGCCUUAGCGUGCUGUUGGGUUAUUCAGUGGAUCUGGUGA